AUGCGUGAUUACAGCACUGAUAUUUGUGAAAAUUAUCCCGGAUCUUUAUUUUCCAGUUAUUUUCCACCAUCAUGGAAGCUACCAGAACAUUUAAAAAUCACAGCACCACAACAAGCAAAUUUGAAAAGCGAUAGGCGAAAUGACAAUUCUCCUCCAAAAUCCGGAUUAAGUGACAAAUCAGCUGGUGGUGGUAGCGAAUCAGAUGAUCAUUCACCAUAUCUGCCUGCUAACCAUGAUUCCAGCUCAGAUAAAGGCAUUCAUGAAAGUAAUCCACCCACUGCUGUUUGUAAAGCUUCACUAGUGAACAUUGCUGCUUCACCUAAAAAUGGUUUGUUACGCUCACAUGAAUAUCCGGAUGACAUCUGCUGCCUCAAAUCAGCUAAUAUCUGGAGGAAGCUACCACCAAGAUUGCCAGAAAUCAUGACAGUGAAAAAACCAGGACCAAAGCAACUUAAAUCGAAAUCAUUUGAAUCUCCAAGGCGUAUUUUUCAUACAUCAGAUGAAAGCACCCAAUUAGAUUUUAGCACAGAGAUGAUUUCGCCAAAGGCACUGCCAGUGAGUUCUACGGAAUAA